AUGACUCUGGUGUGUCUCUAUGAUGAUGACAUAUUGCUAAUAGGGAGUUGUGAGAAUGAGAUAGCUAAGUUCAAGAAGGUGCCGAUGAAUGAGUUUGAGAUAAAUAAUCUAGGAAAGAUGAAAUAUUUCCUAGGGAUGGAGUUUAUUUACUCUGAGAAGGGUAUCAUUUUGCAUCAUCUGGAGUAUGAACUUGAGGUUAUGAAGAGAUUCAAGUUGUUGAAUUGUAAGACUGCUAUCACACUAUCAGAAAUAAAUCACAAAUUGGAUUCUGAUUUUGAAGGUGAUGAUGUAGAUGCCAUAAUUUUCAAGCAGUUGGUUGGCUCUUUGAGGUAUUUGUGUAAUAUCAGACCCGACAUUUGCUAUGCAGUUGGAAUGGUUAGUGGUUCAUGA